ACCUUUAACAGGCAGUGGGCAGAUAAUCUCGUUUUUUGGAGUUAACACUGAAUUAAUUUGCUUCCUUUGACGUAAACAAAAUUACUCGGAAGUUAUUCUUAAACGCUUCAAGACAAAUGGCUCUAAAUGAUGGUGUAAGAAGGCGUGAACAGGCUGUUAGUGUCGGAAAUAUGUAUUGGUUGGUUUUGGUCGUCCACGCAUCACAUUCUUGUAAAAGGUUUAUUAUGUGGCUUUGAGGCCGUCCUGAACAGACACUUGAUGGUAUAAAAACUGGAUCCCCAAACUAAGACAACAGCCUCAGCCCUGACUCAGAGGGGACUAAUACUCUGAGGAUGGAUGUAGAUGGAGGAACGGCAGUCUCCAGAGAUGCUUAAAACAAUCCAGAACUUGUUUAUUAUUAGUUGAGAAGUUUUUAUUUCCCCAUAGUGAUGGGAAAAGACCCAAACUGGAAAAUGGAAUAUAAACUGGAGUUAAUGGUGCUUCUUGUGCUGCUGAUCACAGCUUCAUCUGUCGGCCUGAGGAGAGAAGAAUUUACUGAAGCAGUGGCAUAUUUAAGGAAGUACGGCUAUCUGCACAUCCCACUGGACAGUAAAGGCCAAAACCAUCCAGCUGAGGAGAUAGUGGAAGCACUAAGAAUCUUUCAGAAAGCAACAAACCUUCAAAUAUCAGGAAAACUAGAUUCAGCCACUCUGGCGAUGAUGAACAGACCUCGGUGUGGAGUGGAAGACUCUUUCAAUAACAAAUCUCUCAAAUAUCGAGUCAUGGGCCACUGGCGUAAGAAGAUGCUGACCUACAGGAUCUACAAUUACACCCCUGACUUGGGUCAGAGUAAGACCCGUUUGGCCAUCCAGAGUGCUUUUAAGUACUGGAGCGAUGUGUCACCUUUAAAGUUCAAGGAGCUGCAGCGAGGAAGAGCAGACAUAAGGAUCUCCUUUCACAGAAAAGACAAGUCGUGUCCGGUUCCCUUUGAUGGACGAGGUCAUGUUUUGGCCCACGCUGAUGCCCCUGAGUCAGGCAUUGUGCAUUUUGAUGAAGAUGAAGUGUGGACAGAAGGAAAGAACUCCGGCUCCAACCUGAGGAUCGUUGCAGCCCACGAGAUAGGCCACGCUCUCGGCCUGGGACACUCACAACACUACAGCGCACUGAUGGGACCUGUUUACAACGGAUACCGCUCAGACUUCAAGCUACAUCCAGAUGACAUACGAGGGAUCCAGGCUUUAUAUGGAAAGCCAGGGAAGACUCCUCCGCCCAGAAAGCCAAGUCACAUUGUACCAGGAGGUAUUCCAAAUCCUUGCAAGGCCACUCUGGAUGCAGUGAUGCUGGGUCCUUUGCGGAAGACAUAUGUCUUCAGUGGUCAGUACGUGUGGACGAUGUCCAGCUCUGGCUACAACACUCCCGUCCUGAUCUCUGCACUGUGGAAGGAGCUGCCAGGGAGCCUCAAUGCAGCUGUCCACUCUCAGCGGACCGGCAAAUCCUAUUUUCUGAAAGAUGACAAAGUAUGGAGAUACUCAAGCUUCAAACUUGACCACGGAUUCCCUAAACGCCUGGCCAACAUCCCUGCUAAUAUUGAUUCAGCCUUCUACUUCAAUAAGAACAAAAAACUUAUCUUUUUCAAAGGCUCUGGAUACUGGCAGUGGGAUGAAAUUGGCUCGACAGACUUCAGCUCAUAUCCCAAACCUAUUGGACAGCUCUUCCACGGGGCUCCCAGUAAUACUGAUGCUGCGUUCACAUGGACAAAUGGCCACAUAUACUUGUUUAAAGGCACUCAGUACUGGCGUGUAAACCAGCACCACCAGGCAGUUGAGAAGGCCUACCCUCUGAGCAUCGCCGCACGCUGGAUGCAGUGUGACGACUGAACCACAAGAGGCCACCGGGGAUUCAACACAAAUGUUACCCUGCAGAAUGAUUCAGUAUAAAAACAGAGAGAUGCUUAUUUAUUUGAAGGAAUUAGAGUAUUAUUAUUUUUUGGAAACACAGGCUGCAUGAAAUCAACACAAAGAAUAUGUAUUUUUUGUUUAUAUUAUUAUUUAAAAAGUAGUUAUUCACAUACAUGCAAUAGAAUAAGACAAACUAAGACUUUGGUCUGUGUGAUUCAGUAAGAUUAAAUGUUGUUAUCCAUUGACAAGGUGUUUACAACGGCUUUUUCACAUCAGACGUUUUGACUGUCAUUGUAGGAAAAGCACAGUUGUUGCUAAUAAUGUUAAUGAUUGCUUUAUUAUUAUUUACGCCUGUGCUUUCCCCCAGUCAUGUCUUGCAUGCGAAAAGCCUGUUGCAAGGACUAUUGAAUAACAGUAAGCACCCGCACACCUGCGAUUCACCUCAACCAGAACCAUAUUUAAAUCGACAUCUGCCUCAUUCUCAUGUUAGUUUUGUUGCAGCUGUGUGAAACAACUCACAUCUUUGAAUUCUUAUCAGAACAUCCUCUUAAAGCUUCACAGCUGUAAAGUCCUUAAUAAACGUCAGUUCUUAAUAUUUCUGUUUUAACAUUUCUUUUGCAGAGAACAACCAGAGUUGAAAAUUAAAUGUGUAGGCUGUCUAUUGUUUUCAAAUAAACUAAUCAAAUGAAACUAAAAUGAAUACUUGUGUCACCUCUGGACAACUUCAACCUCAGCCAGAGCAAAACAAAUGAAACUGAGAACACUCGUGUGGGUGUGCAGGGACUUGUGGCUAAAAGAGAUUUUUUUUUCCAAAGAUGAAAUAACACCUGCUUCCUCUCAGUACACUCAAUGGUUUUGCUGCUGUAUUAUGACAGCUAAUGUUAGUCAGUGUUAGCAAACUUAAGAUGGGUUUUGUUUGUGGAGUAACUGCCAUCACUGACUGUUAAAGGAGCAGUAUUUAGGACGGCUGUGGCUCAGGAGGUAGAGCGGGUCGUCCUCUAAUUGGCAGUUAGAUCCCAGGUUUCUCCUCUGUCUGCAUGUCGAGGGAUAUCUUUGGACAAGAUACUGAACCCAAAUUGCUCCUGAUUGGUGUGUGAGUGCAUUUAUACUGAUUUGCACCUUGGCCACUGGUGUGUGAAAAGGUGAAUGUGACUCUGUUGUGUAAAAGUGCUUUCAGUGGCCAGAAGACUAGAAAGGUGCUGUACAAUUCAAGUCCAUAUUUAGGAUUAAGUGGUAUCUAGCAGU